AUGAGUGGGACUGAGUGGUGGAGACUGGAGUCCUCUGUCCUCCUGGCGGGCGGCGGCGCAUCCUUCCUGACGCCACCUCGCCCGCGUGCACCUGCCGCUCGCGCCUCGCGCAAGGCCGCCGCGCCCGCCCCCGCGCAAGGCCGCUGCGCCCGCGCCCCCGCGCAAGGCCGCCGCGCGCCCGCGCCCGCGCUCGCCCGCGCAGCGCCCGCGCUCGCUCGCCCGGCCGCGCGCCCGCGCUCGCCCGGCUCCGCGCCCGCGCUCGCUCGCCCGCGCAGCGCCCGCGCUCGCUCGCCCGGCCGCGCGCCCGCGCUCGCUCGCCCGGCCGCGCGCCCGCGCUCGCCCGGCUCCGCGCCCGCGCUCGCCCGCGUCGUCCAGUGA